CCCGGCUGAUCAAAACCGCAAACAAGCACACCCGAACGGUUUAUUUCAUCAGCGACCACGGCAACAGCACUUCUGUCUUUUUUCUCCGGUGUCCUGUGAGCUUUAUCAACAACAAGACAUUGAAGGUCCUAAUCUGCUGCUGUAAAACACUUUGACCACAGACCUGCUGCUUCCUGUUCUGUCUGCUCGAGUGACUGUUGCCUAAGUGAACACACCUACGCUGAAGGACCAAUAAUAAACAAGCCUUUCCCAUCUGCCCCAAGUUGUUCUACGCUGUCCAGUCACACGUGUUCUGCUUAAGCUGUGUCAAUCACACACACCCACACUAGAAGGAUUUAAAACACAUAGCCUGGUUCAGCGCCCACACACAGUCACAGCAAAUAUGGCCAGCAAGCUGUCCAACUUUGGAAAGACCCUGCUGCGUCGCCGGGCAUUAGACUGCUCUGGUGAAGAGACCAGAUUCGCACGCUGCCUGUCCACCCUGGACCUCAUCGCCUUGGGGGUGGGCUCCACACUCGGCGCCGGCGUCUACGUCCUCGCUGGCGAGGUCGCACGAGAGAAGGCGGGACCCGCUAUCGUCCUCUGCUUCCUCAUCGCCGCGCUGUCCUCCAUGUUGGCCGGCCUGUGCUACGCUGAAUUCGGCGCCCGUGUCCCCAAGACAGGCUCCGCGUACCUGUACAGCUACGUGACAGUCGGAGAGAUCUGGGCCUUCAUCACAGGAUGGAACCUCAUCCUCUCCUAUGUGAUAGGUACGGCGAGUGUGGCGAGGGCGUGGAGCUCAACCUUUGACAACUUGGUAGAACAGAAGAUCUCUGGCUUCUUUAAAGCCUCCAUGGCAAUGAAGGUACCAGGGCAAGUGCUGGCAGAGUACCCCGACCUGUUCGCCCUCAUUCUGGUCCUGCUGCUCACUGGACUUCUGGCCUUUGGCGUGAGUGAGUCAGCGUUGGUGAAUAAGAUCUUCACAGGCAUUAACCUGGUGGUCCUGGGUUUCGUUAUCAUCUCUGGCUUCGUUAAAGGGGAUUCGGCCAACUGGAACCUCAAAGAGGAAGACUACAUCAGCUUCAUAAACCAAACCAACAGCAGCAGGCCUUACAAAGUUGAGGAGGAAUUUGGUGUUGGUGGUUUUUCUCCAUUUGGCCUCACUGGUGUCAUGUCUGGUGCCGCCACCUGCUUCUACGCCUUUGUGGGUUUCGACUGCAUCGCAACAACAAGUGAAGAAGCCAAGAAUCCCAUGCGUUCCAUACCUGUAGGCAUCGUGGCCUCGCUGCUGAUCUGCUUCUUCGCCUACUUUGGCGUGUCUGCUGCUCUGACCAUGAUGAUGCCAUAUUACCAGCUCAACACCCAGAGUCCUCUGCCCGAGGCCUUCACCUAUGUGGGCUGGGCUCCUGCCAGAUACAUCGUGGCCGUGGGCUCUCUCUGUGCUCUGUCCACCAGCCUCCUGGGCUCUAUGUUUCCCAUGCCCCGCGUUAUCUACGCCAUGGCGGAGGACGGGCUGCUGUUCCGUGUUCUGUCCAGGAUGAACCCUCGUACCAAGACUCCUCUCCUGGCUACCAUCGCUUCUGGCAUCGUUGCUUCUCUAAUGGCCUUCCUGUUCGACCUGGCAGCUCUGGUUGACCUCAUGUCCAUUGGAACUCUGUUGGCAUAUUCAUUAGUGGCCAUUUGUGUUCUCAUCCUCAGGUACCAGCCAGGCAGCCUGACUUCGUCCAGCCAGACAGAGAAGCUGGUGGAGCUGGUGGAAGGGGAGAAGGUGGCUGUAAGUGGAGGGGACAGCGGUGACGAAUACGGGAUGGAGACGGAGGAGAGGCCGCUCCGAGAGGCCUUCACUGCCAAGCUGCUCUUCUGCCCGAGUGGAAAGACCCCAACACAGACGUCUGGGAACAUUGUCUACGCAACCACCGCUAUUAUUUCUGUUCUUAUGGUUAUACUGUGUGUCAUACUGGCCAACAAUCUCCCGCAGCUUCUAUCUGGGAAUGCAGCCGUAGUGGUGCCCUGUGUCAUUUUGACUCUGCUCUGUAGCGUCUGCGUCAUCAUCAUCUGGAGGCAGCCUGAGAGCAAAGAGGCUCUCACUUUCAAGGUCCCUCUGCUCCCCUGGUUGCCCCUGUUCAGUGUUUUCGUCAACAUCUACCUCAUGAUGCAGCUGGACCUGGGUACAUGGUGCCGCUUCACCGUCUGGAUGAUUAUCGGUUUCGCCAUCUACUUCUUCUAUGGUAUUAGGAACAGCAGUGAAGCUGCCAACAGGUUAAACACUCGCAAAUAUGAGCCCGCGCUGCAGCCCAAGAGCCCGAUUUACAAAGGCGCUCCCGAUGACAGCGAUGUGGAAGCGGGCAGCAGCCCCUGAUACAGACUGACGUAGACCUGGGGAGUGUUGCAGAGCAUCUACACUCAUUCUGGCAGCUAAAUGCUGCAGUGUAGGCAGACUGGAACGCAGCCCUGGGCUUACAGGGAGGAGAGGCAAGAAAACGCCACACACAUCUUACCUCUGAGUCGGAAGCUGAUUAACUUGAUUGCUAGACACUGUGACAGAGCCACAUUCUGGCCCAUGUGUCUGUUUUAAUCUGUCUCUCUGUUUGUACUUAGCCUUAGCCCUCUGGAGAUAUUUACCUGCCUAUAACACAUGCUUUGAAUGGACCUAACUAACACAGAGAACUGUGGCUCUGACAUCAAUAAUCUGACGCCAUUUACUGGGAGAAUGUUACACAUUAGCUGUUUUCUUCUUUUCUUCCUCUCCGUUAUUAGUGCGAGAGGUGAAUAUGAACCACAAUGUGCAUCACUAAAAAAAAUGAUGGCUUGAGCCAGCGAGUUUACGAUCGUCAAGACGCUUGGAUCAGUGAGCUAGACCAUCAGUUAUCUGACACCGUUUACUGGAAGAAUGUUACACGUUAGCUGUUUUCUUCUUUUUCUUCCUCUUUGUUAUUAGUGCUAGAGGUGAAUAUGAACCGCAAUGUGCAUCACUAAAAAUGAUGGCUUGAGCCAGCGAGUUUACGAUUGUCGAGACCCUCGGAUCAGUGAGCUAGACUUCAAACUGUACAGCAAAGAUGAUGUUUUUAUAGUCAGAGAACACCAACAACGUGACAGAUGAAGAAAUUCAGUUUCUUCUAAUGAAUCACUUUCAAUAGAGUUAACACGUCUAGUUUAUUGGUCCUUGUUUGUUGCACCAGCCUGUUUGUUGCGUCUGCUGUGUGUGUAAACAGGGUAGCACUGAAGCUGUGGGGCUUACAGUCUCAGUCAGGGCCUCAGUGCAGUUAGUUCAGUAGCACAUAGUCGAUGUUGAUGUCAUCUACUCUGUGUCUGAGGUUGAAGUACAAGCUUUAUAGAUGGAAUGAUUUUUUUAACACACUAUUACCCUUGAGCCCCUCCACUCCCAGAAAGCAGCCGUACAGUAUGUGUACAUAUUUAAAAUGGUAUGAAAUGAGUUGCUUAUCAUAAAUAACCCAUGUUGUCUAGCAUAUACACUGUGUUGAAAUGGUAUUUGCCAGCAUUUUGUGGCCUUUUGUUUCACACUAAACCACAACUGGUUUACUGCAGAACUGCUGUUAUAGAUCACAGAAAACUGCUAAUUUCUAAAUAAAAGGGUUUUUUUUUGAACUGAUAAGCCACAAAACACGGUCACCUAAAAGGUUUUAGAAAACAUUUUAUCAGCCAAAUGGUGUGACAAACAUCUUUCGACCUACAAAGGGCCUCAUAGUUCCAAAAUUGAAACAAGAACAACAUGGCAAAUGUAGAAGUUAAGAGAUUUCAUUCUCUCUGGUAUUUAUUGAAGUGUUAUUGCAAACGGACCAAAAUAAAAUCCAAAACAAACUUGCAUAUACUGUAGAGCUGCAACGAUUAGUCAAUUAAUCAUCUUUUUUUUUUUUAAAGCAAAAACGCAAAAAAUUUGAGGAUUUCAAGCUUUUUUUCUGUGUCAUACAUAACCGUAAACUGAAUAUCCUGACCAGAUAAAACAAGAAAUUUGAAGAUGUCACCAUGAGCUCAAAGAAAUUAGAAUGGACCUUUUUCACUAUUUUUGGACAUAUUAUAUAAAGAAAUGAUUUAAUUGAGAAAAUAAAUGGCACAGUUAUCUAUAAUGAAAACAAUCAUUAGUUGCAGCCCUAAUAUACUCUCUGCAAGUUAACAUGGAAAUAUUUGUAACAGUUAUAAAACAUCUCAUACACUGUAGUUAAUUUAUUUCCCGUUUUGUUUACUGUCUGUCUUGAAACACUUUACAUGGCUGUACCCAGAUAUUUUUUGCAGAUCUGAGGAGGUUGAUAGAUUUGUUGAUAAGUGAGCAUUUUGGCCGGAAGAAGAAGGUUUAAAAAUUAUAUACACAACAAAUAGUUUCUAACUGACAUUUAUCCUCCUCUGUCAGAUCCACAUUAGUAUCUGGGACCCGGGAGCUGGGGGUCUGUGUCUCAACAAGGGUCUGUCUUUCAUCACCGUUAAUAUCUUCACCUUUUUUUUUUGUUGUUGUUACUUCCUUGGUGGAAAAUCUUUUUUUAGUUUCAAUUGAAACUUCUUCUUGGCAGCUUUGUCUGUUGAGCGCCCAUCACUUUUAUUUUAUCCAACUUUAUUUUAUUUUUACUACUUUAUUUACUCUUUCUAAUAGAACUGUUAAUAUUUAAAUGUGUAUAGUAUUGUUUGGGAUAGCUUUCUUUUUUGCCAUUUCAUAUCAUUGUCAGUUAAUUAAUAUCUUUUUUUAUAGAGGUUAGUGUAUUUUAAUCGUUACAUGUACAGUCUUUAGUUUGCUGAUCUUUUUUUUGUCUACCUUGUUUCUUUUACAUCUUUGUGUUUGUUUGUUUGUUUUGGUUGCAAAUGUCUUGCAUCAACAAAUUAUUUCAAUCGUCGUCCCUUUCUGACCAAAUGAACGUGCUUUUGGAAACUUUCCAAAACAAAGAAUGACCACUGAAAGUUGGUCUCUAAAUUGUGUAAUUGUUUUAAAAUGCAUUUACCCCAAACCUCUGGAGUCGAGAUGAUAACUUAUUGUUAAUAGCAUUUUUUUGUUGUUGUUCUAGUAAAGUGCUUUACUGUAGAUUGUACAGUAUUCGUGUAAAACUGUCUUAUUUGUAUAAUGAUGUAAAUUAUACAAAUGUACUUUCUUUAAAAUAUGACCUUAAGUAUAAUUGUGGUAAGAGAUGGUCUGUAAAUUCCACUUGAAGGCAUUUCAUUUGACACUUGAUGCUGCUGAAUUUUAAAUUAGAAAGCCUAUUGCCCCCUUUUUCCAGAUAAAAUGAUCCUGGGGGAUUCAAUAUUGAAGCAUUUCUGCAUAAAUUCACUGUUUUUUCCCAGAAAAUGCUCUCCCGUUAAACAUGUCAGAAGUUGACAUAUCUCCCAAAAGGUUGUGGAAAAGGGGUGUAAGGGUAGAUUUUGGAUUCAGCCAGUGUUUUCUAGAUGAUGUUAAUCUAUAAACUGGUGCCUAAAGAACCAUCCUUCUGCCUGAGAAAGGCACCUGGGCUGUUAAAGCAAAGGAGUCCGGCAAGCUACAGUCACAGAUCAAACUGUAAUCUGAGGGUCAAGAUAACUUGGCCUUAAACUCUUCACUCAGAGCAUUAGUGUUUCCUUUCUUUCCUGAGGAAGGGUUAAUUAAUCAUUAAAAGUUUAUGUGAUGUGACACAGUCUUCUUCAUACCCAGCCCUUGUGCCUUUCAGAAAAAAAACUACUAUCAUUACCCCUCUGAACGCUGUCUCAUGAACAGCAAUGAUCUAUUUUUGUCUUUUUGUGUUUUAUAUACUGUACAUAUGGCUGUCAUGUAUAAAAUGAGCUGUAUUUUCAAUGUUUUUUUUUUUUAAAUAAAAUGAUUCAUGCUUAUGUCA